GCCAAAUUGAUAAAACGUCAAAACGAAGCUAUUAGUAGUAAAAACGAAGAGAAUAUUUGCUGCUAUAAAAUUGUUUUUCACCAGCUUUUGUUUUCAUAGAAAUUCUAUCGCUAUUUGGCUUUCUUAAGAACAUGCAAUUGACAGUUGGAUAACGAACUAAUUUAAUUAAUAUGGCAAGAAACUAAGCCGCUCAGAAUGAGUGAAUGGCGACAUAGUCGAUCACCUGCAUCACCACACAACAACAGAAAGUUUAGAAGAAGUAGAUCUCGAUCAAGAAGUAAUGAACGAAGUCAUCAUCGGAAUGGAUUCGAGUAAGUAAUACAGUUCCCAGAGUAUGUAAUAUAUAGAAUCAUGGUUUAUUUAAUAGACCUAGAUUGGCUAGAUAGAAAUAGAAUCAAUGUCCAAUGUCAAUUUUAUUUGAAAUUGAUGACCAAUCAGCGACUGGUAUCGUUGUGAGUUGCGACCUUCCUUGAUUGAUUGUCGAUAGGUUGAUUGCACUUCAUGGUGGCCAUGUUCCAGAAAAGGUCCACCCUGCCCCCAACUCCCCAAGGAGGAAAUUACUGCAAUCCGGAUGGGGAGGGGAGAAAAAUUUGAUUCUGAUAAUGGUAUAAAGUGUAUUAAUAGGACAAUUGAAGGGUGUAGGGGGUUAAUUUCCUCCCUAGGAGAGGCAUGGAUGUUUUCUGGAGUGACCCACUGCCACGGAUAUGCCAAAUUAUUACCUCCACCGGAAAGUAAUGUUUUCAUCCUCAUUUGUAUGUGUGCCAGACUGGAAAGUUUGUAUUGGGUGGCGGAGAUCUCUAACUUACUGAUAAACAGGAAAAACCUAACAGAUUUAUGGCUUUGUCAUUCACUUCUGCCAUUGAGCGGUUUUGUUUCAAAUAUUGCAUGUGUAACUAGAUUAUGUUCAUUGUACAUUGAUUGUUUCUUGUGUGAUCUACUGUUUUAUAUUGUUUUCUUAUUUGGAUUUUUACAGGGGUGGAUUUAUAGGGGGGUGCACAGGGGUGUGCACACCUGUUGGCUUGGUGAUACCCUGGGUGCAAAAAAUCAAAUUCACAAAUAUGGUAUAAUUUCCAAGGUUUUUUCUUUUUGAAGUCAAACUGAAGCUCAUAAUUCAAUGCCCAUAUUGCAGGAAAUGGCAUUUCUAGGGUUCUAAUUUUCAAAAUUUUGCCAACAUAUUUUGACAUGAGCUAAAAAAUUAACAUUAAUCAACAUACUAGCUAGCUAGUAUACCUUACGCACUAAUGACGAUAACAAGAAUUUAUUCCGCUCCCAAUGUCAUUAAUUUUCCUCCGUCCUACAAAAGGAAUGGCUUUUAUCCAGAAGGAAGGGCGUCCAGGGAUGCCCUAGAACGACGGGGAAAGGGAAAUUAUUUUCAAUUAUUUCCGUAAGUAUAUUAAUAAUAUAUCUGAAACAAAAUAGCUUCAAUUCUCAUUAUUAUUAUACAUUUGACAUUUUGAUAAAUUUGAUGGUGUACCUGGCUGAAUGAAAAUGUCAUAAUUAAGUAAUGAAGCAUAGCGUCACAAAGCCAAGUGUUUUAACAAUUUUGAAUGAGCUUGGAACAGAUACUGACAUGAAGUAACGUAAACUUCAAAUGUUUUCCAGAGGAACAUUUUCUCUAACCCCCCCCCUGCCCCACUUUACUGUGGAUGUAUUGUUAUACCAAAAUUGGACGCCCUCUUUUAGGACCCUGGCUAAAAGGAGCAACACUCUUGAAAGUGUGUUGAUGGAUGAGCCUUGUGAUGCUAAUGACUCCUGUAGAACCUGGAAAAAGCAUAUGCACAAAUUUGGCACAUCCAGGUCUUAAUUGAACGGAGCUUUUCACAUUUCACCUUUUGCUAGUUGCAUUAUGUAAUCUACUAGGUGGCCCCAAAAAAGUACUCCUCUUUGAUUCAGCAUAACUUAAAAAGCAAAAGAGCUCUAUAUAAUAAUAAUAUAAUAAUAAUAAUAAUAAUAAUAAUAAUAAUAAUAACUUCUUUAUUUAAACUGGUAAAAACCGAUCAGCUAACAAAAUAUCAGCUGGUAUAAACCGAUGAUUUUCACGCUCACACUUAAACAAUUCUGUAAUGUCCAACUUAAAUUUUGGUAUAUACCAUGUCGCAUUUCGCAAACUCGCAAAGAAAUAGAAUUUUGGGUGGAAUUAUAAUCGUUUUUAAGUACAAUUUAACAACAAUAUUUUCAAAAUAUAUGGUCUUUCAUCACAUGUACAAAGAACUGAAUUUAUUAUUGUAUAUUUUUGUCAAUUUGAGAGACUUUUGAUUCGUGAUUUUGAAUUUUUAUGAAAUUGCGUUCGUGAAAAAUGAAAAUGGAUUCGUGAUUCACGAAUCACGAACCGUUAUUUCGAACCCUGCAGCAUGCUGUUACAAUUGCCUCAUGAAGCUCCCUCAAAUUAUUUGGUCGUUGAUCAUGAGGCACAUUCCAAAUUUGAUGCUUCUGGUAGCCCCAAAGAAAAAAAUCCUGCACCGUCAGGUCAGGAGAACGAGGGGGCCAAGCAUGGCUCGAAUUUUAUCACGGCAAUUGCCGUAGAGGGAGAACAAAAUGCCGUGGAUCAUUGCGGCAACGACGGCAACUUUUUGCUGUAUAGUGUAAUUUUUAUACUAUUACUAUUUUGAUACUUGAAUUCAGAUGUUGGUCAAAUCAUGCGUAAAUCACUAUUUUAGUCUCAGUUUUCACUAAAGAAAUACGUAGACAUUUUCUAGCUUGUCAAAAAUCCAAGGUUACAAUAAAAUUAAAGUUUUAUUACAGUAAUUUGAAAAAAUGCCGUGGAAACUGUCAAAAUUGCCGUAGACAGCUGUUACGUUCUACGGCAAUUUUUAACGCCAUUCCGUUGAUUGAUUUCAGGGAAUUUCGAGGCCUGGGGCCAAGGCCAAUCACCCCGUUUACUCAUCAGUCGGCCAGGAAAUCGCCCCCGAAGAUAUCGCAUAGUUGCGUUACUCGUAUGGCAUGGAGCUCCGUCUUGUUGCCACCACAUGGAAUUUCUAUGGAUGUUGUGAGCGUGAAAGUCUGAAUCACGUUAUAGCGUAUGACACGGAUGUACUCUCUUGUGUCCAGGUUUCUUUUCACAACGUGUAGACCACUGGUGUAGACCCAGAACAACGCCUUGCCUCGGCAACCCAACCCAAACCAUUGUUUGCUUUGCACCUUGCAAAAAUUCAACGUCAUGAUCCUGUGAGUAGCAUGGGUGCCCAUGCAUCGCCACGCGCUGCGUAUUUUCUAAUGUUCCUCGAAUUUAUUUCCGAAUUUAUUUCCGGCUUCAUCUGACACUACUAACGGCUUGUCAAGAAAAUCAGGAAUCCGGGCGACCGUAUUCACAGUCAGUUGCAGAAUGCCAGUCGUUGUACUGGUCGGCUUCUCUUAACUUUUGCCUUCAAAUUAACACGUACGGAUGAAAUUUAAUAUCGAUUUUCACUCUAACGUGGCUCGGCUCAAUCCCAAACCAUUUCGCCUGCCAGGUCUUUGACCAUUUUCCGUAAGAAAUUGUACAACCAAUUCGAUGUUUUCCACUGUCCUAGCCUUUCUCCGUUGACCUCUACUCGAGCACAAACUUGCGAUAUGUUUUCAUAACUGUUCGUUUAGUCUGGGCAGGAAGGUUGCCCCAGCGUUCUGCCCAUCGCCUUAGAACUUCACAAACAUUAUUUACCCUAGCAUAUUCUGGACAAAUCCAAACUCUUUGGUUCUUCGUUAAAUGAGGCAUCUUUAUACUGGCAAAAGAGCAAAGAGACAGGCCACGUUUCUUUCUUGCACAUUAGAAUUUAAUUUCCCAGGGACAUGAAUGUUAAACGAUAAAAACAGUCUUACACGUUAAUGCUUUCCCAAAAUUCGUAUAAUAAAAAUAUCUGUUCUAUAAACAUUUUUUAACUUCAAUUUUACUAAUUAUGAAACGAAUACUAGUCUUAUACUUACGAUAAAUUGGUAGCGUUUGUCAAAAUUAGUUUAAUAGGCCGUUUGUUUGCCAAUUUACUGAUUUUGAAACCCAAAUAUCUCCGCUAAAACUGUGUUAAAAUACACAUGGCAUAUACCAAAAUUUAAGUCAGCUUACGUGUAAUAGCUCUUUUAAUUUUUAAGUUAUACUGAAUCAAAGAGGAGCACUUUUUUCUGGGCCACCCGGUUAUUGAGUGGCUUUUUGUAAUUUUUGUGGCAAAACAAAUAGGUAAAAAUGGAUAAGUACUUACAGUAUAAUUAUAAUCUGAUUUCUUAGUCGUAGAGAAGGCAAGAAAUCCCAUGAUGAAGGUCGAUCAGAAAGGUAAAAUUGCAGACAAUUUUCUUUAACACUACAAAUAAUAAUGUUGUUCCCAAGAAAUAUGUAAUUUUCUCCAUGAGCUUCUGCAUGGGUAUAAUGGACCAUUUGCAUUAUAGACUAAAUUUUGAUCUAAACAGAGUCUAGACCAACAUUUUAUGGUAGUACUAUUACAGGUAGGUGGGGCCUACAGUAUGACUAUGCUAAGAAAUAGUCAUAUAACUCUUUGACAAAGGCUUUUGCUUCAGAUGUUGUAAGUGAGGUGUGCCUAUAAGUGGGGUGUGCUAAUCAUCCUUACUUACAACUGAAUUGCGAAGGACGCAGCUCAACCUGAUCCAGUCGAAGGUUUUAUAAGGGCGUCUUUGGAAUAGUGGCGAAGCCAGCCCGACAAUUUAGUCAUGCUAUGCAAAUUUUAAAUAAUCAUCAUUAAUUUCUUUAGAAAUUGAUUGUUUUCACGGUGUAUGAACACGGAAAUAUUUGCAUAGUAGCAUGACCAAAUUGUCGGGCUGGCUUCGCCACUGCUUUGGAAGCCACCUUAUGACUCAUGUCUGAUCACAGAGUACAGCUACAGUGGAAGGGUCAGUUACGGGGCUAAUCCCAACCCACUGACGAUUGCGCCACUGAAGCGCCGUUGUUGGAACAAAUUUAUUCCAUGUAUUGCACUGUUGAAAGACAUCAUGGUACAAUGGACCAUUUGCAUUAUAUACUAAAUUUUGAUCUAGACAAGUCUAGACCAAAAUUUCAUCACAGCUUGAAAGAGCAUCAUAAAAUUAGUAAUAUUCCAAAGUUUCGUUGCGAAGUUUGCCUUUGAAGUUUUGCGAAGUUUUCCGUUUUUCAGUCAUUUUACAUUACGCGGGGGAAAUUGACAGCCCAAUACCCUUUGGGGCUGUCAAUUUCCCAUUUGUAAUACAAAAUGACUGAAAAACGGCAAACUUCGCAAGGUUAUAUUAUCCGCAUUUUACAACAUUUCGCAACGAAACUUUAGAAUAUUACUAAUUUUAUGAUGCUCUUUCAAGCUGUGAUGAAAUUUUGGUCUAGCCUUGUUUAGAUCAAAAUUUAGUAUAUAAUACAAAUGGUCCAUUGUACCAUGAUGUCUUUCAACAGUGCAAUACAUGGAAUAAAUUUGAUCCAACAACGGCGCUUCAGUGGCGCAAUCGUCAGUGGGUUGGGAUUAGCCCCGUAACUGACCCUUCCACUGUAGCUGUACUCUGUGAUCAGACAUGAGUCAUAAGGUGGCUUCCAAAGACGCCCUUAGAAAACUUUGGACUGGAUCAGGUUGAGCUGCGUCCUUCGCAAUUCAGUUGUAAGUAAGGAUAUUAGCACACCCCACUUAUAGGCACACCCCACUUACAACAUCUGAAGCAAAAGCCUUCGUCAAAGAGUUAUAUGACUAUUUCUCAACGUAGUCAUACUGUAGGCCCCACCUACCUGUAAUAGUAUUUAUGAUAAGAUGUUUUACUCGAAUCAUUGAAUAUAUCUCACAUAAAACGUAUUUUUACUGGUUUCCAAAAAGUUGUGUUUACUUGCAUGAAUGUUAUAAUGGUGAAUAUUAAUUUUUCACAAUUCAACAAUUCUGUAGACGAAGAAUGGAACGAGAACGGAUUUGUGCAAUGGGAGUUCCAGGGGCUUGGGGUCUAUCACCUAAAGCUCCAUUAGAUGAGUAUGUAUUUAUAUUUGAUACUUAUAUAAAGAUGGGCAAUUUUCAUUGUUAAGAUUGAGAAAUUAAUUUUUCAUUUAGAAUUCGAUUAUUCUGGCUACAUGUAUGUCCAGUAUAAGGGCUGUCCAAUGUUUUCACAGGAACUAGCCAGAGUACCCGGAGAAUGCCUGCAAUGUUCUGUAUAGGUUUAUUAAAAUACUCUUGUUUAUUAUAAGAUGACUGCAUAUUAAUUGAAUAAUAUAUUACGUGAAUGAUAUUACUGCAUAUUGAAUAAAAGUGAAACGACAUUCGUUGAGGUAAAAGCCACUUGCCACCAUGAAAUUCGCGAUGCCUAUCAUGACUGUUUUUUUCAGUUGAUUUAGAGUAAAGUUCUCAUUUAAUAUACUGUAUCUAUAGUUCUGAUGAUGAAGAGGAAGAAGUGCAAACUACAAAGAAAAAUAAUCUACACAACAUACAUAAUAAAAGUGAAAGCAGAGCCAAAGGUAUUGCCCUUAUUAUAUGAGAAGAGUAUUCACAAGUUUUAUAAUGUUUGCUUAUACAUGUUUUAAAAAUAAAACCGUCGUGGUAGCCUAUGACACAGAAUACUAUACAGAAGUCCAUCUCCAUUGUUUUUUGCGUAAGCGCUAUUCGUCAUGAUUCGUCACUCAGCAAGUACCGUAAACAGAAGCAGUCACCCCCCUGGAAAUAUUCAAAGUGGCGCACGUCCAGGGAGUGACUGCUUCUGUUUACGGUACUUGCUGAGUGACGAAUCAUGACGAAUAGCGCGUACGCAAAAAACAAUGGAGAUGGACUUCUGUAUAGUGUUCUGUGCCUAUGAUCUAAUCAGUGAGCUCGAUGUAUAUCUGGAGUGAGAAUCGGAGUCCGAAAAGUGAAGCCACGAAAAGCCACGAUGGAGCUAUUGCACGUCGGUUGCAGUCCCUCUAUAUUGUUUCGGACACGAAGCUGUAAGGAGCGUGCCGAAAUUUCGUUUUAUGACUUCGAUUUAAAGGCAAAUAUUUAGUAUAAUUUUAUGUACUCAUAAGUUGAUUAGCGAUAUUGGCCGUUAGAAAAAAUCUGGAAGUAGCUGGGAAAAAUGGUGUUAAAACUGUUUACGACCUCCUUAGAUAUUGGACGUCAAUUCCGCUUCACUUUUCCCAAUUCCCUUAGGCCGAAUUACUGAAGUUCUUGCUCCAGAUAUAUGUAGAGCUCAGCAGGCGUAAGCUAUGGCAACGCGUUGCUGAAUGAAGUUAUAAAUUGUAUAAUUUACAUAUAUUAUUUAUGUUAGCGUUUCUCUUGAUACAUACAUAAACUUUAUUGAUGAUUGAUGAAAUAUUUAGUCCUAACUCUUCCCACUUUUACGGAAAAAUUGCUGGUCCAAAAGCUCGUGUUCACAUAUGAAGUCUAUACCGGUCUUUUUACCAGAAGGCUAAGAAUACGUACUGUACGCAAUACCUUUCACCUUUGCGUUGCUCUGGAUAUGUUGACCGUUUCGAAAAAUGUCCCGAGUACUCGAGAAAUUACAAAAGAAUUAUGCAUAAUUAAGCGUAGUAGCGAGGUUGUGAAGAUGUUAUGCGAAACGUUGUUUUUGUUUCUCUCAAGGGAAAAUAGCGGAUAGAAGUGAGAGUGAUGAUGGUACAGACGAGAAGUCGAAGAAAUCUAGCAAGAAAAAGAAAAGAAAACAUAAAAAGAAAAGGUUGGAAAUUAAUUGUUUACCUUAAAUCAUGGUUGAUGUAACACGUAUGAGUUGCACGUCACCUAGUUUGCAAGCGACUACACGCAUGAGGCGUUCCGUAAAUCCUCCCCACAAAGUUAUAUAACCUGUUUGAUUUAAUUUAACGAAAAAACUAUUUAUUGACCUAAUGGAAUCAAAUAUGUUAACUUUAACUUAACGGGAGUAAGGGACACGCGGUGUAAUGUUCAAGUAUUACAUGUUACAUGUGCUUAUAUUGGGUAUUUCUAUAAAUAAACGAAUUGAUUUAGUUUAGUUUAAAAAAACACACUUCUAAAUGCAUGAUACGUUUUAUUUAUUUAUUUCAGCAAGAGGAGAAAAAAGAAAAGUUCAAGUGAGGAAAGCGAAGACGAAUCAGAAGGUGAAUUUCUUCAUUCUAUAAACAGAGUUGUGAAUUUAACUCAUCCUGCAUGCAUAUACUGUCAAAGUUCAUGUAUUCUUACAUCUCAUUGGAUGAGAACGUAUCACGUGAAAAUCAUGAAAUUCAAUACUUUUAGAUCAUACUUUUAUUCACCGGUGAUUAAUAAAGUCGUUCAGAGUAAAAAUGAUGCAGCUUUCUCGUUUCCUGUUCGUUCGUUUUUUUUGCUUUCUUUGAAACUUGGGAUAGAAUUAAAUACUUAUUGACUGGAUUAAAUACUUAUUGACUGGGACAUUGGAGAAACACAAAACAUAUACUGUUUUCCUCGGUCCCAAACAAUAAAUCUCGCAUUGCGGAGGCAUGCAAGUUACAUUCUAUGCAGUGGGCAAAAACAAGUUUCUCGCAGUGGGCAACGAUUAAAGAUGUGGUACAAUCCGUUCGCACGUGUCAUCUUUGUUUACAUUUUUGGAUCCAAAUAAUGAAGUUGACAACUAUAUACGUACAUUGGAAAUCAACCCAUACCGGACAGUACUUCCAGCUUCACACCUUGGUCUCGGAAAAUAGCAUGGAUUCGUGCCCUCGUUCAAUUACGCGCCCAAAAGAUCUGUAGUACGAUCAGCUUUGCAAGAACAUAGAACCUAUAUAUAGUUAAAGCCGGAGAUUCAAUGUAACCAUGCACAGAAUGGGCUGUACCGCAUCUUUGAAUAUAGGUGCAAGCUAUUAUAAUAUAUACUGUAAGUAUAUACUAGGCAUAAUUUCGUAACAGAUCUGACUUUUGGUGCAUAUGUUUGUAUUGCGAUUUGUGUUUCAUCCAUUGUGACACUUAUGAAUCAGUAUUGUUUGCUUACAUUAUUUUAAUUCAACAAAUUUUAUAACAGGUGACACUGAUAGUGCUAAUGAGUGGCUUGAAAAACGUAAAGGUAUUAUACUACCUUUUAAUAUUUAAUUUUUAGGUAAUAGAGACUAUUAGGUAUAGGUAAUGAGAACCAUAUUGAUGUGAUAUCAACUUUAAUUUAAUGCAACAACAAUCCGUAAGUUAGCUGUGGAAUCGUAAAAAUAUAGUGUGAAAUAUGAUCAUGUACAUGUGGCAUCGUGUUGGUCGCAAUUUGCUAAAGUUAUAUAUGCUAUAUAAACGUGGACCAAAAUAAUGUGAGAAAGCGUAGGGAAUGGAAAUUAUAAACUACAGUAUGAUAUAGUUGGCUGCACAGCUGAUACUCCAUCACAAUGAUAUUGUCAGUGAUAUAUCACAAAGUGAAAUUCAAAUUUUCUUAGCAGUAGUAGUUGUUUAACAAUUUGUGGUUUUCAUUUCCAGACGACAAAACUGGCGAUAUUGUUGUUGGUCCAGUGCCUGUUGUUUCUUUGCAUGGAAAUGCUGAUGAGAAAAUGGAGUAAGUAGUACAAUGUUUUUCUUAUUUGUUAACUUUCACGAGUAAUGUUGAGUUAUAUCGUGAAAUUGUCUUUAUUAGGUAGUUCAACACUCUGUUAUAAUGUCGUCUAAAAGCACUGUCACUACAUUAUCUGUCGUUAUACUUUUUUUCUAUUAUCUUCUGUAACUGUCAAAGGUUUUCAGAUGUGGUCAGAUGUUGUGUAGCUAAUAAUUUUGAGGUGUCCUUUCUAAUGCUUGACAUGAGUUCUCAGUGAUUUUUCUACUUUCUAAUUACUCCGUCCCACUCUCCUUGUCAACUUUCUAAUGACUAAUCGAUAAUCUUCGAAUGAAUAUCGCAUAUAGUUUAUCAGCUAGCCAUGCAGAAUCAACAAAUCGAACUUGUACCCCAGUAAGAUAUCCUUCCGGAAAGUACGUCAUUUUGGCUAUUGAGCCUCGUUUUCGUGUAUAUGACGUUAAUGAAAACCUAAUGUCUCAAUCACGAAAACGAGGCUCUAUAGCAGAGUGUCGUGGUUUCCGGAAGGGUGUGUUCCUGUGUAGUUCACAAGUCAUUUCAUGGUAAUAGUCAUUUCAUGAAAAAUAUAAGUACUCUUGCUUUUUAAAUCAUGUAUAUAUUACAUCAUUUCUAACCUGAAAAAAGGCCUGGACCUUAAAUAAACGAUAUCCGGCCAGUAUUAUCUCACUAUCUGACCGGAUGUGAUAUCAGGUGCAUCCCUAACAUUUACAGUAGGAUUGAAUAACAUUUAUGAUGAUCAAACCGAAUUUAGUUUUUGACCUCCAAUUCGUCAGGAACAAUCGCAAUUGGUCAACCGUUACUGAAUUUUUUUUAACAAGGAUCCUACUAAAAAUAUCUAUCUAGUGAUCAUAUAGAAGAAAAUAUGGUAUUUUAGCGAAUCAAAAACCAUUUACGUGUAUUGUCGUGCUGCAAAGAUGUCUUUUCCCAUCUUCUCAGACAUGUUAUUUUGGAAGCAUGCCCGAAAAUGUAAAAUAUUAUAAGUUGUAGAAACGAUUUUUCUCUUAUUUUCUGACACGACAUGUAAAACGUAUAGAAGAACAAAAAUAUAAAAUAAAAAAAUGGAUACAAGGUUAAACAUGCAACAUGAUGUGGUUUAGUGUUAGUUGCACAAGAGCCCUAGCCAGAGUUUUUGAAGGUAUAUUUCCUGAAGCACGCCUAAUCAAUGCAGACUGUUUUUCUCUUUGCCGUUACUCUUUCUUAAUCACUUUACAUUGCAGUUCGACUACAUAUAUUAGGUAGAAUUUGUUAUUAGAUAUGCGCAGUAAAAGUGCGAAAUGCCAAACUAAUGAAUCACCUUAAAAGACAUUUUGAGCAUAAAUUAAAAUUUCAUCUGGUCACGUGACUAUGCACAUACAGUAGUUGCCGUUUACUCCAAGAUUGUGGGAGACUGAAACUCAAGAUUUUUACUUAAAACAGCAUAUUGUAUCUGUUUUUCCUGUUAUUACCCCAUACGUGCUUUAAUUCUGGUAGGUAUAGUUACGUGACGUCAUCAUGGGGGUGUCUAUAGGGUUCACCAGCUUUAUACACUUUCAAUUCUACACUCUGACAUUGUCAUCGAGCAUUAUCUUUGUUUCCCAUAGUUUCGGCACGGCUUUACUGCCGGGUGAAGGUGCAGCGAUGGCAAACUAUGUAAAAGCUGGCAAACGUAUACCGCGGCGUGGUGAAAUUGGUCUAACCAGUAAUGAAAUAACAUCAUUUGAAGAUCAAGGUUAUGUCAUGAGUGGUAGCCGACAUCGACGUAUGGAAGCUGUUCGUAUACGUAAAGAAAAUCAAAUCUACAGUGCUGAUGAAAAGUAUGUAAUCUAAUCUUAUCAUUUCCUUUUUCAGUAAUUUAGAAGACAGAGUAAAUGUACUGGGUGGGACUACAAAGAAAGUACCCCGUUUGAAACAGUACGUGUUGCACAAAACCAAGAAAAGUUAGGGCUGGAUCAACUUACUUCCUAUAUUCAGUGUAUAUUGCCUAAAUAAACAUUACAAGGAACUUUGACAAUAAUUCUAAUUUCACAAACUGUUUCACAAAACAAAGGGGGAGGAGCUGGUGCCAUUAAUUUUCUAAACACCUCAUUUAUGAGUGUAAGCACGCACACAUGGUUGUUAGCCCUAGUUCAACCCCCAAUAUACAUAACUAUGUUUUGGUAAUAAGUGAACAUGCAUGUUGGAUAUAAAAUAAUAGUUGGUCAUCUGCAUGAAUAAUACUGAUGAAAAUUGUCAGUUCAUGUAAAUUACGUGGUAUAGUCAACCUGGAAAUCCAUGUAACUCCACUUUCGGUUUGUAUUGCAUACAUGAAUACAGCAUUAAGUUGUGUACUGACCAUUGGCAUUACCUGUACAUUACAGGCGAGCGUUAGCCAUGUUUAACUACGAAGAAAGAUCGAAAAGAGAAACGAAGAUUUUGUCAGAUUUCCGAGAACUUGUUCACAAGAAGAUCAACAAACAAAAGACGUGAUAUUUGACGAAGCUGAGGAUAUGGUUUGUAGCACGUAGAGUUAUGUUGAAUACCUGUACCGUAUCAACUGGCACCAAAAGCUUGUGUAUAUUAUACGCGCAAACCUCACAACAUAUAUUUCAGUCAUAUGCAAAUCCGUGUCAAGCUCGAAGGGUGCAUGUGUUCGCAUUCUGCUUGGUCGUAGUUCUUGGUAGAAGAAAUUAUCAUGAUUUUAUAUUAACUUAUAUAUAGCAACUCUGCAUACACAGAUGAUGGGGGAUUUUGUCAUUUUUAAUAAACUUGUAAAACCUAUAUUAUAUACAUGUAAAAGUUUGAUAUUUACUUUUCAUGCAUAUUGUUUUUUUUUCUGUAAACAACAUAAACAACUUUUUAUUUCGUAAAGUUUUCAAUCGGUAAGCCCGGACCUUUACUGUGUGUAAUAAUGUAAGUGCAAAUAAUGUUAGUUGCAAAUAACUUUAGUGCAAAUAAUGUUAGUUGCAAAUAACUUUAGUGCAAAUGUUGGUUGCAAAUAACUUUAGUGCAAAUAAUGUUAGUUGCAAGCAAUAUUAUACGCACUGAGGAGGAUGCGUUCUUGCGCAUCGACCUGGGGCCGGUUGUUCAAAGCUGGGUUAGCUUAACCCCAGGUUAACUUAAAAUGCAAAGCAAACUUCCCAAGAGCUUGUUUAUAAAUUUGGAAAUAAUUCUUCCGAGAUCUUGCCUGAAGUUUUCUUUUCCAAAACUUUGAAAUAAACAGACGUGCAGAAAUACUUAAACUAAAACAGCAGAUUAAAUUUUAACCCAGGGAUAGCGUUAACCCAGCUUUGAACAAUCGGCCCUUGGUGGUUCCACAACAACAAAUACAAGUCUGACACAAUUUUUUAUAACUUUUAGCAAGAUUGCAUGAGCAUAAUGCCAUUAUAGGCAUGUAGUUGUACAGUAUACUAAGGUUGUUUCAACGUCUGAUAGCUGCUGUCUGCAUAUGUCAGUUUUGUACUUUCUUGUAAUUCUAAUGUGGUCAUAGCAAACGUGGUAACACAACUGGGAACACAUUGAGAACUUGUGUGAUUUUACAUUAUUUUGUAGAAUGUAGUAUAUUUCAAUAAUUUAUAAAUAUUUGCAAAAAGAUAAUCGGUAUUACCUUAAAUGUGAAAUUUUAGAAUGAGCACAGUCCUGUAUUUUGGCUGCUAACUGCUAUUGCAUGCCACUCACUAAUAAAUAAAUGAAUAUAAGUAUUUCCGUACUGACUAGUUUACAUUUAUUAUUUCAUUUUAUAUAUUUUAGAGCCUGUUAUUCAAAUCCUUAAAACACAAAACAAAACAUUUGUGAAUACGCAUAUAAAACCCACUUUUCCCAAACGAAAUUUUCUUACAUUUUCUUACUUUUUUUACUUGAUUUGAUGUAUUAAAAUGCCUUACGAGUUGCGGUUAAUUCGGUGAAACAUCAUCCAUGUUGUGUGGAUAUUAGUCUGAAUAUGUUUUAAAAAGACUAAGUUUAAGUUUUUUUUAUGUUGUAGAUGGAUUAAUCAUGGUAUAAUUUACUAUAUCGUUAUAGACUUGUUUCAAUACAUCAAAUUAAUUCCUCUCUGUCCUCUGACGUGCAUCAUGGACACGUUCUUUGGUAAUUACAAGUAAAUAGCUAACUAGGACUUUUGAUAUUUUCUAAAUUAGCCUCGAACCAUUGUGUAAAUGUAGAAUUGUGCUGUGACACAUCCCUUGCAGGAGAUUGUAACAUGUUAACUGGUAAUUCUUUGUGAUUCGUGUUCUGAAUAUGUUGAUUGAACCAUUCACUGAACUGAGGUAAUUCUUCCUCAGAAUCUGAAGGUUUGCAAGAGGAAGGGUAUCGACAUGACAUUGACAACAAAUUUUCUUUAUUUAUUGCGUUCUUGUCUUCAUUAUAACAUUGAAUAUUAAAUGCACCAACUUCAUGUUCAAACCAUUCAGUAAAAUCGAUUUCGUUUUCUGCUGAAUUACUUCCUGCUCCAAUGUCUUGAUCCGUAUUGUUUUUUGACUUUCUAAGUCUCUUUGGUGAGGGAAACAGCUUCUCAGUGUGUUUUUGUCCCAUAUUUUUGGUACCAACAUAAUUCCUUUGAAAAUUGUUUUCAAUCUGUACAUCCUUACUAUAUAAUGUAGGUAAGUCUCUGGAUAUAUUCUGUUUCUCUCCCUGACUGACCUUUUCUACGUUGUCUUCAUUUUGACAUGCGUCAUUUUCAUCACUGUCACUUCCCCAAAGAUCUUCUAAAAUAUCCAAGAACAAAGUAGUAAUAAAGUUUUCG